GGAUUGACAUUCGGCUAACCACAAUUGCCAUUAAUAUGCGGCUGCCCUUUUGGGGCCAUUUGCUGCAAGCUGUUGGCUUUAUGAACAGCAGCAAAGAAACCAUCAGGGGGUUUCUAACCGGGGGCCCUGGGCGGGCCGUGCUGGUCAUCGUGGGCGGAGCCAAAGAGGCCCUUUUGGGGGCCCCUGGCCGCAACGAUUUGGUGCUGCAGCGGCGGAAGGGUUUUUUCGAAAUUGCUUUGCAAACGGGCUCUUCCCUUGUCCCCGUGUUUUCGCUGGGGGAGAACGAAAUGUACGAAAAGAUAAAAGGAGACAAUUUAAUUUGCCGUUCUUUGCAGUUUGUGUCUCGGAAGACAAUGGCGUUGUUUGGCUUCUCGUUGCCCCUUUGCUACGGGCGCGGCUUGCUGCAACUGACGAUGCCCAAGAGGGUGAAGAUCCUCGAAGUUGUUGGAGACCCCAUUCCUUGCAAACGCAUCCCAAACCCUACUCAGAAGGACAUAGACGAGCUUCGUCAGCGGUACUGCGAGGCUCUUCAGAGAGUUUACAACAAAGCAAAGAUUGCCUACGGCCCUGAAGGGCGAUUCGAGGACCUUCGCAUCGUGGAGUAA